AUGUUCGAUGCUAUUGGCGAAAAGACGCUGUACAUCUUUGCCAUCAGCAACGCCAUCACCAUCCCCAUGGUGUGGGCGCUCUAUCCAGAGUCCAACCAGCGCACCCUCGAAGACAUGGACCUUCUCUUUGCCGCAGAUACGCCGUGGACCUGGGAUGCAGAGCGCACCUUUGCACAGCUCAAGCUUUCUCUGAUUGCCCUAGAAAGCAGUGCUUUUUACUCUCUCCACACAACGAUGUUCCGUACGGUCAUACCUCGCCGUGCCUGUCAGACGGCUUGGGCUCCGUCCCAACGAACCGCCGCAACUGCUUACCCGGCCUUUGGGGCUUACUAUCUCCCAAGAUCGAGGAGAGGAUACGCGACAGAGUCAGAGGAACAUGACCUGGUCAUAAUAGGCGGCGGGGUGGCUGGCUACGUUGCUGCCAUCAAGGCCGGUCAGGAAGGCCUAAAGGCCUCUGUCUGGUCCAGGCUUGGCUCUGAAGUCACCGUUGUCGAGUUUCUCGGCCAAAUCGGUGGCCCCGGCAUGGACGCUGAGAUCUCCAAACAGGCCCAGAAGCUCCUCGGCAAGCAGGGCAUCAAGUUCCUUACCGGCACCAAGGUUGUCAGCGGUGAUGACAGCGGCAGCACCGUUACCCUGAACGUCGAGGCCGCCAAGGGUGGAAAGGAAAAGACCCUCGAUGCUGACGUCGUUCUCGUCGCCAUUGGUCGACGACCAUACACCGCUGGCCUCGGACUCGAGAACAUCGGUAUCGACAUUGACGACAAGGGCAGACUCGUCAUCGACCAGGAGUACAGAACCAAGUCUGAACACAUCCGCGUCAUCGGUGACUGCACUUUCGGCCCCAUGCUUGCCCACAAGGCUGAGGAGGAGGCCGUCGCCGCCAUCGAAUACAUCACCAAGGGCCACGGACACGUCAACUACGCCGCCAUUCCCAGCGUCAUGUACACCUACCCCGAAGUCGCCUGGGUUGGUCAGAACGAAGCUGAAGUCAAGGCCUCCGGUGUCGAGUACCGCGUCGGAUCUUUCCCCUUCAGCGCCAACUCUCGUGCCAAGACCAACCUCGACAGCGAGGGUCAGGUUAAAUUCAUCGCCGAUGCAAAGACCGACCGCAUCCUCGGUGUCCACAUCAUCGGUCCCAACGCCGGUGAGAUGAUUGCUGAAGCCACCCUUGCCAUCGAGUACGGCGCCAGCUCAGAGGACGUUGCUCGAACCUGCCACGCCCAUCCUACUCUCGCUGAGGCCUUCAAAGAGGCUGCCAUGGCCACCUACUCCAAGGCCAUCCACUUCUAA